GCGGUACCGGGAGAGUCUGCGAACAGGAGCGAUCCCCCACUCUCCUCACGGGCCCGUUGGUUCGUGCUAGCGCCUUUUAAGGGCACCGUGGGGCGAACGGAGCGCUCAGAGCUGCUCCGGCCGCGGCCCUGGGAGCUGGAGGAGCCGCGACUCAGCAGGCAUGACUGGAGAGGGAAGUCCCAAUGGUGCUAGCACGGUGCUGCAGUGGCAGACGUCGGCUCACGAGUGAGACCUGGAAGAAAGACAGAGAAGACAUCUAUCACUUGCUCCGAAGUGUGCAAGUCAAAUCCUGGACAAAACAUGAUAACCCUGAUCACUGAGCAGCUACAGAAGCAGACCCUGGAUGAGCUGAAAUGCACACGCUUCAGCAUCAGUCUGCCUUUGCCUGAUCAUGCAGACAUAUCCAACUGUGGGAACCCUUUCCAGCUUGUGUCUGAAGGUGCUUCCUGGAGGGGCCUGCCCCACUGUUCCUGUACUGAAUUCCAGGACAGCCUCAGCUUCAGCUACCAUCCCUCAGGCCUAAGCCUGCACCUCAGACCACCCAGUCGGGAGAACUCCCCACAGGAGCAGCCCCUCUCCCAAGUACUAAGCCCUGAACCCCCCGACCCAGAGAAGCUUCCUGUGCCCCCUGCUCCUCCAUCCAAGAGGCACUGCCGCUCACUCUCGGUGCCAGUGGACCUGUCUCGCUGGCAGCCAGUCUGGCGGCCCGCCCCCUCCAAGCUGUGGACUCCCAUCAAGCACCGGGGCAGUGCUGGAGGGGGUGGGCCGCAGGUGCCUCACCAGAGCCCCCCAAAGCGGGUCUCCAGCCUCAGGUUCCUCCAAGCUCCCAGUGCCUCUUCUCAAUGUGCCCCAGCCCACAGACCCUACAGCCCUCCUUUCUUCAGCCUGGCUCUGGCCCAAGAUUCCUCUCAACCCUGUGCCACCUCCCCUCAGAAUGGUUCUUGGGAGAGUGAUGCUGAGUCCCUGUCACCCUGCCCACCCCAGCGCCGCUUCUCCCUGUCACCCAGCCUGGGCCCACAGGCAAGCCGCUUCCUGCCCUCUGCCCGGAGCUCCCCUGCAUCUUCCCCAGAGCUACCCUGGAGACCUCGAGGUCUCCGCAACCUUCCCCGAAGCCGCUCGCAGCCUUGUGACCUGGAUGCCCGCAAAACUGGCAUCAAGCGGCGGCACGAAGAGGACUCCCGGCGCCUGAGGCCUUCCUUGGACUUUGACAAGAUGAAUCAGGUGGGACUGAAACCAUACUCAGGAGGUCUCUGUCUCCAAGAAACAGCUCCAGAAGGCAGCAGCAUCUCUCCACCAUGGUUCAUGGCCUGUAGCCCCCCACCUCUCUCUGCUUCCUGCAGUCCUGUUGAGGGUUCAUCCCAUGUGCUGAGUGAAAGCGAAGAGGAAGAAGAGGGGGCUGUGCGGUGGGAACGGCAGGAACUAAACAAGCGGACACUGUGCCAGCAGGACUUUGGGGACCUGGACCUGAAUCUGAUUGAGGAAAACUAAAACUGAGAGACUGCUUCCUGGGGCCACACUGACUGACUGUCUAAUGGCUACUAACACGUGUGGAGGCUCCAAGGCUGAGGGCCCAGCCUGGGAAAGGGGGUGAGUGAGGGCUCCAACUCAGGGCAGCCCAAGUCUUCUCGCUCCAGCAAGCUCGACCAUGCCAAGAGACUGGCCGGGACAAGAUAAACGGAGCUGGUGGCGGGAGGGACAGCCCCAGAGCAGACCCUCCCCAUGGCGGCCCUGAGUGUGAGUAUCCCUGCCACUGAGAGAGCAAUGGGCAAGGAAGGAAGGGGUCUGCCGACCCCAGCUCGGGGAAUUUCACUAGCCCCUUUGCUUCAAAGGGCACUUGUGUCUUAGAAUUUGGCCAGGGUGGGGGCAUUCAGUCAGCCUCCUCGGAGAAAUUGUGUGAGUGUGUGUGUGCUUGGGCGUGUACUUGAGGAGAGGUGUGUUUGUGUAGCCUUAGGGAAGGAAGGCAGCUGCUCCUUUAACAGCAGAGCUUCAGCAGGCCCCCAGAAUCUUGAUGUUUUGUUUUGUUUUGUUUUUUUCCUCUUUUUAAAUAUGACGUUGGGCUUGUUCAAGGUGUCUAGAGAAAAGGGGGCUCUUAUUUUUUUUUAAUUUUUUUAUUUUUUUGGUCUUAACUCUGGAGCCAGGCUUUUAAGUUCAUAGCAUUACUUGCUCUGCAGAUGGCUCUGUUUUGGGAUCUAAGAACGGUGACCUCAGCUAAUGGUCUUUUCCUCAGUCCCACCCUCACCCACUAGAUAAAUCUAGUGGGCUUGUAGAAAGGUCACGUUCAUGUUGUUCAUCCAUUACCUAAGCUGCACACAGCCUGCCUCUCUUGUUCUCUGAGUAGGUGCACACAUGGGCAGCUGAGGCAGAGCGAAGGGGUUCUUUCUCUUCUUCACCAAGGGGACCCUUUCAUGCUCUGAUCUUUCAAAUCAGAGACAAAGUUGAUCCCCAGAAUAUGUUGAGGCUGACCUGUAGCAGGAGCAGUGACAUUUCGUAUCCAGAAGUCCUGGAGCCCACCCCAGCACUGCCUUUUGGAAGCUGGCUGUAGGGAAACUUACUCUUGCGAGAUGGAGGCCCAGUCUCUUUCUGAUCUGCAAGACAUAGGAAAGGCGUUCAGCAUUAAUAGUUUGCUUGUCUUCCACUCUUGCCAGGAAAUGUUUAUUUGCCUCUAAUUGGCCCUGAGAGACCACAGAGAGGCUGGGCUCACCGAGGGAUUGGCUGGGGAUGUGUAAAGCAAAGACUAUGAGAAGCAGCUGGGAGUUUGUUGUUGUUGGAUUGAAUUUCCUUUCUUGUUUCUUACCCACAACUUCAGCCAGUGCAGCAGGUCCCAAUGGCUACAGUAAUGGACUUAAAGAUUGUAGGUACCGUGGUAGGAUUGGCACCAGGGGGCAUGUGUAUAGUAGAAGCUGCCACGAUUGAAAUCUGCGAGCCUUUGUUUAGAACACCCUGCAUAACGAAAUUGAACAUGCCCUUCCCACUUAUUAUAGUAAGGGCAUUUUUCUGUUCAAUUUCCAGGGUGUCUUCAAGGGAGGUAGCCAUGUCUUCUUGAGCCUGUGGCCCUCAGAGGUUCUACUUUUCCAGGGCUCCUCCCUGUCUCCUGGCUAGUUACCACAUAUUACCACUGGGCUCCCAGUCUCUGAGGGCCUUGGGAGAGGCUCUCUUGAGAGUCCAGGGAAACAGCCCAGGAGUUACCUAUCCUUGGUUUCAUCCUUCCCCAGUUCUCCCUCUCUGGUCCAUAAUUUCCCUGGUGCCAGCUUCUCUUCCACCUGGGGCAUCCUCAUCCCUGGGGUCUCUGCUGCAGAUGGCAGUGUCAGCUUCCAAUAGGUCACUGGCAAUGCCAAUGGGGUCUCCGCAAGACCCUAAGUUUAAGUGAAGGCAGUGAUUCUGCCUUCAUUCUGGCUUUCCCAGAGCCCUUAGGUCACCACCCUUAGGGAAAGGAGGCCUACAGUUGUCAUAGUUUAAUUCCAUUCCUUUAAGUCUGGAAUGUUAAACUAAGCAGAACUAUCAUCUUGCUUCCCAGUUUAAAUGCCUCUGGCCCUGGAACAAGCCUUUUCAAGAAGUGAAUCAUUUUGCUUUACACAAAAGAUCUGUUCCGACAGUUCUGUGUAAACCAAAUGCUAUUUUUGGAUGCAUUUGGACUGCUGGUCAUUUAAAAGCAGCCUAUGAUUGCUUCUUUUGUAAAGCAAGCAACCUCCCUCUACUUUAGCUGGUUUCGUUAUCUGGGCUUUCCCAGAGUGGAGCACACCUCCGGGGCUUGUGGCUGACGCUGUGUAGACGUCUGCAUCUGUGCUGUGUGUGUGGUGUGGCUGGCCGGUAGGUGAGUAUUAUUGCGUGUGUGAGUGAAGCCACUCCCAGGCUGAUGCUCUCCUCCUGUGCCCGGUGACUGCCCAGUGGCAGCCCUAGCUGCCCUUCAUUCCCACCUGCUGCCAAAGUCCCUGUGCUAAUGGGAUUACAGAAACAAAAAGUGGAAAAAAAUUUUUCGUAAACUUUGUUUUAUAUUAAAAAUUCCAUAAGUCUGUGUGUGUUAAAACAUGAGGUUCUGCCUCUGUGGCUGUGUUUGAAAAAAUAAAGUUUUAUUAGAAUAA